GACUGUCAGUCUCCCGUCGGCAUCGCGACGAUAAGAGUGUUCUAAGUUUUACGUCUGAAUCAGUGACCUGUAAACUUUUUUUCUAUCAUUUUUCUGUCCCUUUCGCGUACAUUAUAUCAAACGGGAAGAUUGUUUCCUUCUCCUCUUGAGAGUGAGAAACAGAGAAAGAGAGAGAGAGUGAGAGAAAGAAAGCAGUCAAGGACUUUCUGACUCACUGGUGUCAGCGAUAUCGGGUUGUUGGUUGGUUGGGCGAACACGAACCCUCCCCUUCUCUCUCUCUCUCUUCUCUGCUUCUUCUCUCUUUCUCUCUCUUUCUCUCUCUCUCUCUCUCUGUCUCGAGCUCUCCUCCUCAUCGGCAUCGUCGUUAAGGGAGCGGCUGCUCGUCGUCGUCGUCGUUGUCGUCGGGUAGGAAGUGGUGGGCGUCUCUUCUUCCUCUUCGUCUUGCAGGAUUAUACGUUAUGGCAACUUACGCAGCUUACAGACACGUCGAGCUCGACAACGUUGGUUACGGAAAGAAGAGAGUAUUGAAACCACCAGGCGGUGGAAGCAGCGACAUCUUCGGCUCAACUCAAGACGAGACCAGUCCACGCCGUGUGAAGAAUCACAAUCAAUCUCAGCUUGGUAGCGCAUUAUUCGGUGACGCACCCGAUUCCAGCAACAACAGCAACAACGCGACCGGCAAUAUGGAUAACAACGGCGGCGAGAUUACACCACGCUCCGGCAAGCCCGGUAAUGAUUCAUACAAUCGCCUGUUUGGCCCUCCCGAUGCCCCACCCACAACCCCAAACGCGAAAAAUUACAUGCGCAGCAAUAUACCCCUCAACGGGGAUGAUACAACGUCGCCCGCGAAAAGUACAUCAUCCAGCAACUCGAGCUCGAGUAUCGUCAACGGCUUUACCAAUAACAACUCUAACGUCAACGAUAUCACAGCUUUUAGGAGAAUCAAACGAUUUCGAGGAGCGUCCUGCAUGCCGCGCAAUCCAGUCACCGGCGACGGAGUCGACGUGACGCCAUUGAGGCGCACACGAAGGUGUAGAGAUGGUAAUCCAGUAACCGGAACUGGCUAUACGUCUGAGACACAGAAUGGAGGUUCAGCGAUGCAGAAUGGAACAGGCAGCUCAAGUUCCAGCAUAGGUGAGAAAUCGAAUGGUUCAUCGCCAACAGGAAAGCCAGCAGGAACCCGUACUCGCGUCCCACCGGGUGGAUACUCAUCUGGUCUUUGGUAAAAAGGGUUGGUCUAUCUCUCUCAGCAGCAGCAACAUCAAUAUUAGCAUCCCGUUUCCAUCUUAGAAUGUGGACUCGAAGACAAAAUUUGGCGUGUCAACGGUUGAAGAAAGGAUAAAAGAGAAGAGAAAAAAAUGAUAAUAAUAAAAAGAAACACAACACACAAGCUCUAUCAUCUUAUUCCGACUCUUGUCGUACGAUUUCUGUAGCGGGAAAAAAAUUGAAUGGAACUAACAACAACAACACAGCAAAAUUACAUAUAAGCAAAUGAUAAACAAAAGAAAAUACUAGCCAUCCAUCCAUAAUUAAUUAUUCGAUUUUGAGAACUUGCAUAACUUUUAGCUGAAUGAGUCAAAGAAAAAAAAAGGAAAAAAAGAAAAGGAAAAAAAAAAAAUAAUAAUAAUAAUGAUGAUAAUAAUAAUAAACCGUUCAUCGAUCGUUGAUUUGGUACUCUCGGCUUAUAGUUUCGUACGUGAAGAUAAACUUUAUCAUAAAUUACUACUAUACAUAUACACACAUAGUACUUUGAUAAAUCCAUCGAACGAGAAAAACACAAAUUUUUUUGAUCAUAUUACACAACACACACAUCCACUAUCUCUCAUUUUCUUUGUCUGUCUCUCAUUUUUCUCUCUCUCUCUCUCUCUCUCUCUCUCUCUCUCUCUCUCUUUCUCUCUCUCUCUCUCUCUUUUUCUCUCUCUUUCUCUCUCUUUCUCUCUUUCUCUCUACUGUUUUUUUCUCUUCAUUUUUCCAACUUCGACUUUUCAAAUGACGCAAUCCCCAAUUGUCUACGUUAUCAUCUUCUUCUUUAUUCUCGUCUAAUAAAUAUAUUUCGGCCGAAAAUUAAAACGAAUAAACGAAAAACCGAAAGGCCUGCCUAUCCUUCUCGUCGCGAUCAUUGUUUAGAAUUAAUCCCGACUUAGUCGAGAACCCCAAGAAAAAUAAUUUCUAGAUAGUGGUGGUUAAUCGAUAUUCUCGAUUGUAAUGAUCAAAAGUAAUAAUAAUUAAUUAGAUUGCAAUGGACGAGAAGAGGGGGAUAAGAAUUAAACAAAAAGAAAAAAAUAUAAAAAAAAAAAAAAAAAAAUGCGAAACCAACUUAUAAUCUUCUCCUAAAUAUAAUUAAGAAAGGAAAAACUAAAAAAAUUAAAAAAUAUUUAAAAAAAAUAUUAAAAAAAAGAAAAUAAUACAAAAACAAGAACAACAGGAAAAGAGUCGCAGUCGUCGCGGAUACUCCCCCCCUCCAGAGAACUGUGUACUAGAAUUAGUCAUGUGAUAAUAUCUAAAAUAAAAAUACAUGAUGCGUUAAACCCAUUAAACCGCUAUAUAGUGCGUUCUUAAUCUCCGUGCCUUCUUAAUUGUAAACUUUUUUGUGAUGCAUGGAAUAUGGUACAUGCAAAAUUAGACAAAGGAUCGAUAUCUCUUAUGAUUAAUAUUAUCGGUCUAUGAUAUAAUAUCAAUGAGUUUGCAUAUUAUGACGCACUUUUCAAUUUAAUGAAUUAUACGUAAAUAAUAUCAAUUCUCGUACGUAUUUGAUUAUUUAUGCAGCAAUGCGCUAUUAUUAUUAUUAUUUUACUAUUUUAUUAUUAUUAUUAUUAUUAUUAUUAUUAUUAUUAUUAUUAUUAUUAUUAUUAUUAUUAUUAUUAUUAUAUUAUUAUUUGUCUUUUUUAUCGCAAUCGAUUCCUCUAGUUCGGGGCACGUAUUUAGAAUUUAGUCGAGUAAAUACGAAUAGAGGAAAUAUUUUGCGCUCGUUGAUCAUGUAUCGCCUAUUCCUCUGCUUUUUAUACAUAUAUCUCCUCUUUCGUAUUAGGAUAUAUAGUGGAUUAUUAUUAUUACGAAUAUUUCUUCUAUUCUAUUAUAUCACUCUUUAUCUUUCCCUCCCACCCUCUCUCGAUCCCUAUCUGUAUCUCUAUCUCUCUAUCUAUUUCUAAUUUUCUUUUAUAGUUUCAUAAUUCUUAUUUCACAGCAAUAUUUCGCGCGCACAUGUGUAUCGUUUCUCUUUCUAUUCACCAAGUUUUUACAAUCGUUUGGUGUGAGUAAAGUUAUAUCAUUUAUAAUGCAUCGUAAUUAGUCAUGAAGAAGCCUUUUUGUAUUCUGGCAUUGAUUAAUAAAGUUUUGUAAGCAAUAA